CUAAAGAAAGAUUUGCUAUAAAUUAAGGGCACAAGAUACAAAGUCUCAGUUCAUUUGCGCUAUUGACAAAUAAUGAGUUUUGUGAAAGUAACAGCUUCAGUUUGUCUGAAUUUAUUGGUUUUAAAUAUAAUCGGAGCACAAAGUAGCUGUGAUCAAGGAUGGAUACCAUACAAAGACGAAAAAUGUGUAUUGAUUCAUUCUGAAAAUUUUUAUCAAUUCUUGGACGCAGAAAACCUUUGCAAUUCGUUAGAUGCGUCUCUUCUAUCGAUUCGAAACCAACAAGAGCAAACCGAAUUUGAAAAGAUUAUCUUCGACAGCGCUGAAAUUGAAAAUAGUGUUUGGCUUGGGGCAAGAGGAACCAAUGGAGCAUUUGUUUGGCCAGAUGGUAGUCCAGUGAACUUCACCAAUUGGAUGACAUCUAAAGUCGAAUCGGUGAUUGAUGAAAACGUUGAAUGCGUGGAGCUUACUUUAUCUGGUAGAUGGUCAGUUGUUAGUUGCACAAGAAGAAAUUUGUUUGUUUGCGAGAAAGAGCAGAUCUGGACACUUCAUCAGAUUCAGCGUUCAUUUCAAAAAUUCAGGAAAGAGCAAUUAGAAAAUCCGGUUCCAAUCGGAUUUAUCUAUGUUCAGUUAAGUGAGCAACCUGAUCCGCAAAUUUUGUGGCCUACUGUUAGCUGGGAACAAGUUACGUCGUUAUAUGCUGGACUAUUCUUUCGUGCCGAAGGUCCUACGUCUAAUUCGUUUAAUGGUGGUGCGCAAGAAGAUAAUUCACCGAGAUUAACUAAUGCAGACAGUGCUAUAUUGUCAUCGGAAACUACAUCAAUCAGUAUGGUGCUCGGUGGCUGGAGUGGAAGACUAACCACAGGUGACGACAAUAGGGGUGCGGCUUCAACAUGGAAUAUCCGCUUUUACAAUACAGGAGGUGAAGUUAGACCGCGGAAUAAAUCAGUACGAAUUUGGAAAAGGGUAGCUUAAAAGAAAUUUUUGCUGCCAAAAUAUAUCAAUUCCAUAAAUGAGACGAGUC